AUGCCGUUUGGACAGAUUGUUAUUGGACCUCCAGGUUCAGGUAAAACUACUUAUAGUAAUGGAAUGCAGCAAUUUCUUACAGCAACUGAAAGAAAAGUAUCAGUGAUAAAUCUAGAUCCAGCAAAUGAUCAUAUACCAUAUCAAUGCGCAAUUAAUAUUACAAAUCUAAUAACAUUAAAGGAUGUUAUGGAAACAUAUAAUUUAGGUCCAAACGGAGGAAUGAUGUAUUGCAUGGAAUUUUUGGAAGUGAAUUUUGAUUGGUUGGAAGAGAAAUUAAAAGAAUUAAAAGAUGAUUAUCUUUUGUUUGAUUUCCCUGGACAAGUUGAACUUUUCACACAUCAUAAUUCAGUAAAAAAUAUUAUAGAUAAAUUACAAAAAUUAGAUUACAGGUUGGUGACGGUGCAUUUAGUAGAUGCACAUUAUUGCACAGAUCCAUCCAAAUAUAUUUCAAUAUUACUAUUAUCACUUAAAACAAUGUUACAGAUAGAAUUGCCACAUAUAAAUGUAUUAUCAAAAAUAGACUUAAUGGAAUCUUAUGGAAAAUUAGCUUUUAAUUUAAAUUUUUAUACUGAAGUGCAAGAUUUAUCAUAUUUAUUACAAAAAUUGGACAAAGAUCCAUUUACAAGCAAAUUUAAAGAAUUAAAUAAAGCAUUGUGUGGCUUAAUUGAAGAUUUUAGUUUGGUUGGAUUCUAUACAUUAUGCAUUGAGGACAAAAAAUCUGUAUCACAACUAAUUCAAGUAAUUGAUAGAGCAAAUGGUUAUAUAUUUAAUGGACUGACAUCUAAUAACGAAAGUAUUAUGAUGGCAACAAUUGGAAACGAUCCUGGAAACCUUCAUACUGUUAUGGAAGUACAAGAACAAUUGAAACAAACAAAAGAAACAGAAAGAUUGAAGUUGGCCAAGUUGAAUCACAAGAUGGAAAAGGGGCUGGCAAAAGGAAUUGAAGUAGCAGAUUAUUCAAAUAGUAUGGUUAAUCAAGAAUAG